AUGCUUACGUGGGCUCUUUUGGCGUUGUUUCUGAGUCUUCUGUUCUGGGUGUCCAGAAAACCCACCGGUCUUCCUCCAGGACGAUGGGGGCUACCAGUGAUUGGAUACAUCCCGCUGUACACAACAAAUAUCAGCCAAAUCAUUAGUGACCUUAGGAAGGAAUAUGGUGAUAUAUUCACGUGGAGAGUUGGCAGCCAAGUGCUUGUUGGGCUUUGCGACUACAAGCUCAUCAAGAGCACCUUCAGCAGGCCAGAAUGCCAGGGCAGACCAAGUUUGUUUACCUUUGAGCUUGCUCAGUUCCACUCGAAUACUGGAAUAAUAAACGCCGUUGACGACGUGUGGACGCAGGGCAGGAGAUUUGCCCUCAGACACCUGAAGGACUUCGGCAUGGGCAAGUCCUCGCUGGAAAGCGUCAUCCAGUACGAGGCAGUGAACCUCGCCAGGAGCUUCGAGGCCACAUCGGGCAAACCAGUCGAGAUAUCUUGGAACCUCAAUGUUGCUGUGUUGAACGUUAUCUGGAAGCUCGUAGCAAACAGACGGUACGAAAUGGACGACAAAGAGGUUGCGAAAUUCAGCGAAGACGUGUCUGUGGAUAUACAGGUAUCUCAGACACGAUGUCUGCCUCUGGACCUCUUCCCUGGACUGCACAAAAUCCUCCCAAAGUUCAUCCUGAACAAGUGGAUGAAGGUUGAUGUCCUUUACGAAAACAUGGAGAAACUAAAAGACUUCGCAAUGGAAAUCAUCAAAGAACACGAGCAGAACUUCGACCCCGACAACCUUCAGGAUUACAUAGACGUCUACCUGAGCGAGACCAAAAAGGAAAGGGGUGGCAAAGGCACCAUUUUCCAGGAAGACUAUGCAAACCUGGCCAUAACCAUCUGUGACUUAUUCGUGGCUGGAAGCGAAACUACUUCCUCGACGAUGCGCUGGAUGGUGGCGCUUCUAGCAACGCAUCCAGAGGUUCAGAAGAAGAUGCAGAGUGAGAUCGACAGUGUCGUUCCGAGGGAUCAACCGCCAUCUAUCCAAGAUAGAGAAAAGCUGCCCUAUACAGAUGCUGUGCUGCUGGAAGUAAUGAGAUUUUCCUCCCUCCUCCCUAUAGGACUCUUGCAUGCCACCACAGAGGACGUUCAAAUCGGCGAAUAUCGUCUGCCGAAGGGCACUGGGUUAUUUGCGAGCGCCAGGACCUGCCACAGGGACCCGAAAUACUUUGAGAGACCUGAAGAGUUCUAUCCAGAGCAUUUCCUUGACGAAGAGGGUAGACUCAUCUCGAAAAGGGAAGGCUUUCUUCCAUUUUCCGUUGGUCGUCGUCAGUGUCUGGGCGAGAACUUGGCCAGGAUGGAAUUGUUCCUGUUUGCCACAAGCCUGGUACAGAAGUUCAGCGCUUCGCCUCCGGAAGGCGCCACCAUUUCGCCAGUCUCCGACACUUCUACACCAUUACUUUGCCCGAUCAAGCCUUACGAAGUUGUUCUGACACUACGAGAGUAGAAGCUUCACAUUCUACUCUUCUUGAAUGUAUUUUAACAUACACUUAAAUGUUUCUGCUGCUCGAAGCGGACGUAUCUCCUCCAGAAAUGCACUGCCGAGUUUUGCAGUUGCCACAUAUUCUACUUGAACGAGGGCCUGCAAAAGGUCACUGCAGGUUUGGUGGUUACAGAGUGCAACUGUAGCUAUUGGCCUGGCUAAAUAUGUACAUAAAAUAUUAAAC